AUGUCGACCAACUUCGCGUCUCCUUAUCAUAUCGACCCGCCGACGACCCAAUCUGCUUCCGACGAACCUCCAAAAAGCGCGGCAGCUGCACUUCUAGAAGAGUUGACGCAAAAGAAAAAGAAGGGAGAGCCCACCUGGCGCUUCUUUGAGAAGAAUGCGGCAGGCAAGGUCAAGGCCCUUCAGGGCGAAGAUGCAUACAACGAUUCUCUAAGCGGAUCGAAAGCGUUGGAGGAGGACCUCAAGAAGAGCAUGAUAGCCAAUAUCAAGUCGACCCUGUCAAGUCUUCAAGACGGCGGACUCCUGGCCCCAUUCGGAGUCAACGACAUCGAUUCCAUCGCGAAGGAUUUUGAGGCACAAUUUGAAGGAGCGAAUACUCCAGAGGAGAUGACGGAGACUAUGGACCUGUACAUCAAGAGCCUGGAAAAAAAGCUGGAAGAGAAGGGAUUUGAUGUAAGCGGAUUCGACGAUUCGAACCCAAUCGCAACAUUAGGGACGAUCCACGAGGCGACACAAAAAGACCCGUCGGAGAGAAAGAGCGAUCCGAUACCACAGAUACCCGAGAGCGCGUGGAACUUCAACCAGCGAAAGCGCAUUUCUCGAUUUAACACUACAUUGAAACGAGCCACGUAUAAAAUACGACGAGGAGAGGAGCCAGAUGCGAAGACGAUACAAACAGUCUGGAAGCUUUACAGCUUGACGAGGCCAACUCUAUCCAAAGCAUGGGCUAGCGUACCCCAUGAGGUAUGGGACAUACUCUGGCAAAUCUUGUCGGUGGACGAAGCCAGGAAUCCCGGCCGACUGACUUACCUCUCGAUGUUGGCCAGAGACUUGAGCGAGGCCCAGAUUCCUCUCAGUCCAUCACAGCAACUGGUGACGAUAGAAGCAAUGUUUGUUGAUGGAUGGGAUGCUAAGGCUAUCGAGAGUUGGAAGAGAUGUAUGCCAACGUUGGGCGAUAGCGGAGCAGAAAACUUCCAGGAAUUCUGGGAGCUCGGAGUGCGCAUGUUCUGCCAAAAGGGCGAUAUUGUCCAGGCAGAACGCGCAGCCAAUAAGCUCUUGGAACGACAACUCGAUCCCCGCAUUCUGGUGCCGUUGAUCAGAAGCUGCGCAGCAGAUCCAGCAGAAGAGUCAAGACAGAAAGCGUGGGACACCUACCGACGGAUGAGAGACCUGCUUGGUCCUUCGAUGGGGCUAGAAGACUACGAUCUGGUCAUCUCAUUUUUCUUGACAACAAACCAGACCGUUCAAGCCCUGCAAGUUUUCGUCGACAUGAUGUUUUCAGGAACGGUCGACGUGAGGAACCAAGACGUAUUGCCCUCCAAGAUCGGCAAUAAGUUUUUCUUUGGGAAAUGGCUCAAACGAUUGAUCGGUGCAGGGGAUCUGGAUGGGGCAUAUAGCGUCUUUCAGUUCAUGCAGUCGAAAGGCAUUGAGGCGGCUAGUAUCCAGAUAAAUGGCCUUAUCGGCGCGUGGCAAAGAUCAGGAGGAGCCGACAACCUCCAAUUGGCGGAUAGCCUUGCGUGGUCGAUGAUCCAAUCUCGCAUCGAGUUUGUCAAGAACCGCCGCCGACUGUCAAGUAUGGAUGGGCCCGGUCGCAUCGUGGAGGUGUCUGAUUCCCACGCCGAGCUCGCUGCGGUCCCAAAGGCAACGCUGGAGACUUUCUCUUUGCUCGCCGAGAAUUACCGUCUCCGAAGCCUGCUUAACAAACUGGAGGAGUUGUGGGACGCCUCGAGAGAAGCAGAAAUCAGCCCAGACGCCUUUAUGAUGAACCAGCUGAUCGAGUCUUUCUCCCAAAAGGGCGAUCUCUCUGAAGCAAAGGAGGUAUAUCAGGUACUCGUCCACGAGCGACAAGUGAAACCCGACCCGUACACCUUCAUGGCGCUCUGGAAGAUGCUAGCAAUCAACAGACUGCACAGCGUAACCGGAGAUAUGCGCAUCAUGGAAAUCAAGAACGCACGUGAGGUGUUUGCGGAGACUAUUCGCUUUGCCCACGUCUUCAAGGCCGAAGGUUUCGACAGUCAGUUCGCAAGGAAAAUUCUUCACUCUUUCCGCCGAUUGAAAGACAACCCUGGAAUCGUCGUAGCCCUGCAGACACUGAAGGUAGUUUUCGACUGGACGCCACCAGAGAUGCUUACUUUCGAGAUGCUGUUCGAAACUACUAGUCUGAAAUUCGAUACUGGAGCAGCUAGGCAGAAGCUGCGGUUGGCCAAGCGCAACAUGGACGCGUUCGUCGAGGCACAGCCCCGACAGCCCGGAGAGCCCAAGACACUCGAGGAGAUGACGCAGAAGCAGCGAGGGCAAGAGAUGUCCGAUUACCUUCAGUCGAAAUACAUCAAGGAAAUGGGUGUCAUUCCAGAAGGUUUAAUGGAACAAACGGCCGAAGAGAUGGGCGUGUAUGAUAUUCUCAUCAAAAAGCCCUAG